GUAGGGACUUGAGGCCCGUAGUUUAGACAUCACCAUCCGACGGAUGGACAGCCAGUCUGACCUGUCAGGGCACUCAAUCCACUACGGAAUAACGUCUACAAGCUAAUCGGGCAAUAUUUUGUCCCUCAAAUCACUAGACAGACGCUAGACACUCUACUAAUUUUUCCAUGUGUUCAACACAUUCUCAGUGUUUCAAUUACCGUGUGUGUUAAGUGCAAGUGGUUAAAUGAUUUUAAGACUAAAUCACACUCUGUAAAUUUUAACCGAUAUUAUUUUUAAAUUCAGACUUUAGUUAAAUUAUCCGGUGGUAUUUUGAUAAAUUUGUUUUUUUUUAUUUUUUUCUAAAUUUAAAAAUGAGCGUUGUAUUAACGACAAUGGAAAGUGCGUACAGCCUGAGGCUGGGUUUGAGUCAUCACCACUCUCACCUCCAUCAUAAUCAUCUUCACAGCCAUAGCCAUCAGCUGCGAUCUCCGUCGCCCGCGGGCGAGGGUCAUCAACCGAUUCCAGAUAAUGAACCACCUCUGCGAUUUAGUAUCGUUAAUAUUCUUCGACCAGAAUUCGGACGCAGCGCUAUUUUGAAUACCAAGGCCCGCAGCUCGAAGACGUCAUCGGGUUCGGGACCAAAGGACUUGUCGCAUUCGACGGCAAAAAUAUUGUCGCCGAGUUCCUCAUUGUCUUCGAUGACAUUGUCUGGGUCAAGUUACGCGGCUCAUCGUCCUGACAGAGAGUACUUUGCGGAUUCCGUGUCACCGCUGCAGAGGCAUUCAGCGGGUCUAAGUAGAAGCACGAGUCUUGAGAGUCUUGCCAGCAACCGCAGCUCCUUAACGGGGUCACUUACGGGAACACCCUCGUUGUCAUCAGCAGCUUCGACUGUAGGAAAUGAGUCUGUCAGUGGAGACAGCAUCCCUAGUAGUAGCAGUAGCACGACCACCAAUGGUGCUAAUUCACAAGGUGUAUGGCCCGCAUGGGUCUAUUGUACCCGAUACUCCGACAGACCCUCUUCCGGACCUAGAACUCGAAGAGUAAAGCGGCCUGUUGCCGAAAAACAAUCAGCUGACGACAAGAGACCCAGGACGGCCUUCAGCGCUGAACAAUUAGCUAGAUUGAAGACUGAGUUCACGGAAAAUCGGUACCUCACUGAAAGACGUCGCCAGCAACUGUCCCGAGAACUGGGUCUUAAUGAAGCCCAGAUUAAAAUCUGGUUCCAAAACAAACGCGCCAAGAUAAAAAAAUCAACUGGACAGAAAAAUCCUCUCGCUCUUCAAUUGAUGGCCCAAGGACUCUACAAUCAUUCCACGGUACCCGUUGAUGAAGACGGCGAAGAAAUUAUCCCCCAUUAAUUAACAAAUUAGUACGAUCUUGAAGUUACGAAGCAAUCGAAAAUUUUAGAUUUUUUU